AUGGCGGAAGCCUCAGCCCUCUGCCGCUUCUCCUCGAUUUCGACCUUCCGGCCCUACGCUCGGUCGAGAGAAGGGGAAGCUCUCCCCCUGAAUUACCUUCCGGCACCGUCUUCCUCCUCCUCUCCGGCUUCCUCGCGGAGACUCUCGCCCCCCCGGGGCGGCCGAUCUCUGCGCAUCUUCAGGUGCUGCGCCAAGGAUCGCGACGACGCCGGCAUGUUCGGAGGAGACGACGUCUACGGCUUCUACCCCUGGGAUCCCAGGACUUCUUCUGGCGGUGCGGAAGGUGAGCCGAUCUUCCCGCGUGAACUGGAUCUUGUGCCGCCUCUUCCAUCUCUCACUCCCUGUAGUUUCUCCCUGAGGUAGCGUAAUGCCAAACCGGCAUCUGUAUGACGAACUAUCCAGGAAUCUGGCCUGUACCGUGGCUGGUGUGAGGCUUCCCCCGGAUCACCUGAGAAAUUGCUCAUCAAGAGAUCGGAAUACGUGCUGUUCUUUGCAAUUUGCGCUGAAAUUGCAGAUAAAGGAGGAAGAUCCGCUUCAUCUUAGAUGUUCUCCGUGAGGGUGGGUGAGAUCGGAGAAAAUAUAUCGAGGAAAUGAGAAUGAGAAUUUGAUCCCGCUAGGUUUGAUCUGCAUAUCACGGCAAGAAGAUUUUCCGAUGUGUGCGUCAGAUUCUUGAGGAACCCAUGGAAAUGUGGAUUGAAGUGGGGACGAUCCCAUACCUGAUUCUCUUGAUUGUCGAGGAUCCAGAGAUUGGGCCAUACCAGUUUGUUACAUUCCUCGGAAACGACAAUCGUUGGGGAAAUCCCUAGCCUCCGCAGAUUUCCAUCCAAUACUGGAUCAUGAGAGGAUAGUUGCCAUUUUCUUCAUGAUGAUUUGAUAAACCAAUCUCAUAGUUGCCAUUUUCUUCAUGAUGAUUAGAUAAACCAAUCUCACCCAUUGCCCCUGAGAGCUCUAUCAACAAGCCUGCCGUGGUCUGGUUAGAUCAUGGAUGGGUUCCGAACAUGAUGAUGCCCUUCAAACCCACCAUGCCCCUGGCCUAACUUCUUCUCUUCGAUGGCAUUGUGGCUGUAAAUUUCUCGACUCGUUUCAUGGCGCCUCCAUUAGAAUAGUUCCAUGGUCAGUAAAAUGGUGUUGACUUCUGUUCCUGUUGCAGACAUUCAGUGGGUGCCUGAAGACAGAGUCACGCUUUUUACCGCCGAGGGGCUCGUUCAGAUCGGUGGCUCUCUCAUUCCUCGUCGGGCAGCUUCUUCCGAUGUAAUUCUUUCUCCCACACAUCACUAGACGGAAGCUUUUCUGUGCAUGCGCUGAAACAUGUAUGGAGAGGUUAUGAUUUGGUCUAAUUCAAGAUAUUGUUACUAAAUAGAUUCCUGAGAUUACUCUUCUAAGCAUUUUUUUUUUCUUACUUCAUUGAGCUGAAGGGUUCGUCGAAUUCUCUCUUAUUUUUCUUCCGCUUGAUUCCUGUCACACAGAGAAAACAAGGUAAAUCGAAGGCGCUGCAGAGACUUCAGAGAUUUCAGGAGAGCGACUACAUGGAUCCGAACCAGGGUCUUUGUCUUGGCGCCCUCUUCGACAUAGCGGCGACGAACGUAAGCUCUUCCCAUUCUACCAGCCGAGCCCCGGCGCCGGUGACCCCUCUCGGUGGGUUUUGCCCAUGGUUUCAAUGAUCCAUUCUCUUGUUCUUGGCGAUUCCAGGGCCUCGACACGGGAAGAAGACUCUGCAUCUUCGGGUUCUGCCGCUCCAUCGAGAUGCUCAGCGACGUCGUCGAGGACACCGUCUUGGAGCACGGCGGCGAGGUGCGUAUGAUCGCAGAACUGGGGGACUCACGCAUCCGCCUGGCUGCCGCUGCUCAUCAGACUUAGGGUUUACAUUCUUGGUCAGGUGGUCGCCGCGGAGAAGGCCAGUGAGGAGGGUCUGAACGAGAGGUUGACAAUGAUCGUCGCGGUGCCGCUGCUCUGGGGCGUCCCUCCCGCCUCGGAAACCCUCCAUUUUGCGGUCAGAAGUGGUGGCGGCAUCGUCGAGAAGGUCUACUGGCAGUGGGACUUCCUGUGA